AUGAGGGAGUAUGGGCUGCAGAAGGAUCUGGAUAUUUACAAAUCACUGCUAAAUAUUUUUCCGAAAGGACCGCUGAUCCCGCAGAAUGCCUUUCAGGUUAGCAGUUUGCUUCUGUGCAUUUCAUUUCGGCAUUUACGGACUAUUUUUGCUGCCGCCCGAAUCAGAUUAUUCUCCCACGUAAUUGCUCGGCGGCUUGGUGCCAGUAAUCUUGAUCCAAGAGUGCAACCGGACAAAGAAGUGCAUGAUAUAGUUGUCAAUGUUUUUGGCGAAUGGAAUUUUGCUACAAAGAAAAUAAAACGAAUGAUGUACUGGAUGCCAAAGUUGAAACACUCCAACAAAUAUUUGGAUCGUCGGAAAAUCGAGGGCAAAAAGCUUAGUGGAGUAGAUCUCGGUUAUCUGGCUCUCAAAAUGAUAUCGCGUGAUCCUGGCACACGGAUCAGUUUUGCUGAGAUUGGAGAUGUGGAACAGAAGAGCUGGCUGUUAUCAGCGCAGAGUCCACAACAAGCAAAAUUACUUCAUGCUUUGGGCGAAGGUGCAUCAUUGUAUGUAGACGGUCCAAGCAAAGUUUAUUUGAUGGAUCACUGUGUGGACUAUGUUGUUUUAUCCGCUGACCCCAAAACGCAGUAUUAUGAAAAAUAUGAUGAGAGCAGUGCAUACGAUGAGGAUUUUGAAAAUUGGAAAAGUGAAUGGGACGAGGGAGUAGCGAGGCAUCCUCGUGUUAGCACCAUCCAUGAGCAGAAGCAUGAAACAAUUUUGGCACUUUCUGUUUUUGAGAAAGUUUCUCGGGAAUCAGCUGUUGCUUGGAUCAAUCAUUUGCAAAGCUCAAAUCCAACGAUGCACAAUGCUCGUGUGCUACUGAGGACGAAGCAAGCUGAACGAACUUUGAUUACACCGAUCUCUUAA